AUGGAUUUACAUUUUAUGCUGAAGGCAAUUGGAUUCAUUCUGUUGAUAAUUAUUGGAAUUCCUGGCAAUCUAACAAUUUUAACACUGUUUGCCUACAUCAGAAUCUCCUCAAAAAAGCUUUUGCCUGUUGACCUCAUCAUCAUAAACCUUGCCUUUGUUAAUCUGAUAACUAUACUUGUAGAAAGUAUCCCACAACUUCUUACAGCUCUUGAGUUCCACAGACUUUUCAAUAAUGAGGGAUGUGCAGACUCAUUUAAUGCAGAAUACAUAUUAGAUUUAGAAUACUGUGUCAUAAUUUUCCCAAAUUAUUUGUAUUUUAUGACCAUUGGAUCAAUUCGUAUCUUCAGAGACUUUCUGUUCCUAAUGAUAAUGGUAGCAGCAAGCAGCUUCAUUGUUGCUAUUUUGUAUCAACAUAAUCAAAAAAUAAAGCACAUGCUUCAGCCUACGAGAACUCAAAACAACUCCACUGAAGGCCGUGUUGCAAAAGGAGUAGUUACAAUGGUAGUGUUGUAUAUUUUUUUCUAUGGUGUUGAUAAUAUAUUUUGGGUAUAUACAUUAUGUAGUGCCAGCAUACAUCCAGAAAUUUCAGAUCAUUAUGAAGCAUUCUUUCUCCUUAUUGGCUCUGGUAUAUUUUGA